AUGGUAAAAGCACGAGUCAGUUUUCGAAAAGACAAAAGGAAGAAAAAGAAAAACAAUUUACAAAUUUUGUUUAACCAAAAUAUUCAUCGCAUCGAGAGAGAGGCUUCUCACGGUGGUCGUGGUGGUUCCUUUACCAUCAUGGCGCGUUAUCAAGGGCCAAACCUUUGCUGCUUCUUCUUUCACGAUGAACUCCCACCGUCCCAAACCCUAGGAAUCCUCGCCUUCGACGCCGCCAAAACCAUGUGCCGCCUUGUCUCCCUCUACAACUCCCUCUCCGACGCCGAAAUCCUCAAGCUCCGCCGCCACGUUAUCAGAUCCAAAUCCGUUUCCCACCUCAAUUCCCGAGACGAAUGCUUCCUCCUCAACCUCGCCUGCGCAGAGCAUCUCGAUGACCUCAACCUCACCGCCGCAGCUGUCUCCCGCCUCGCCCGCAACUGCUCUGACAAGGACCUCGCCCGCAUUGAUGCCCUCUUCGCCGACCUCAGCCACGGCGUCGCCGAUCUCCGCAAGUUCGAUUUCGGAGCCCGCCACAUCGAGAGGAAAAUAGACGACAUGGAGAAGCUUGUAGCCGGCACAAGGAACCUCCACUUGGCAAUGGAAUCGCUCUCGGAAAUGGAAGCUUCCGAGAAGAAGAUCCAACGGUGGAGAACGAUUAGAGCCAAUCAUGGGCUCAUGGUGAAAGUUGAAUGUUUCGACGAUAAGAUCAUGUUUUUCCGAAGACAGGUUCAGUACUACAAACAAGUCUCGCUUUGGAACCAGACUUUUGAUAAGGUCGUUGGGCUAAUGGCGAAGAUCAUCUGCGUCGUUUACGCUAGGGUUCGUACCGUUUUUGGAUCCGUCGUUACGGGCGUUAUCCCUGGUUUGAAUAAUCAUAAGAACAAGGUCGUUGUUAGGAGACUUUUCCGUCCGAAUUUGGAGAACUGUUGUUGCCGCAUUGAGCACCGUGAGUUGUAUAUGACGAACCUUUGCUUGUUUAAUCAAAACGACGAGUCGUUGAAGAAGGGCACGAGGAAUGCGUGUCAUGUGUUGAAGGGCACCGGAACCGCGGUUACCCGUUUGCAUGGAGAGGAAUCGGGGUUUACGGGUAACAACCGGGUUUUGCGGCUGGCACCGGCUUCGACGGUUGGCGGUGUGGGGCUUUCGUUGAGGUAUGCGAAUUUGAUUUUGUUAACGGAACGGUGUAUGCACGUGGGAACGGGGAUUGGGGACGAUAUGCGCGUGGCGGUGUAUGAGAUGUUGCCUGAGAGGUUGAAGGUGAAGUUGAAGGCGAAGUUGAGGAAUGAGUGGAUGAAAUGGGAGGGUUUGGAGGAGGGAGAGGAGGUGCACGUGGCGGUUGCGGCGCGUUGGCGUGACGUGUUGACGGAGGUGUUGGAACGGUUGUUGCCGGUGGCGCAUGACAUGGUGAGGUGGCAAGCGGAGAGGAACUUGGAGAAGCAGAAGCUUGACACGAAGCCCACCGUACUUUUGUUGCAAACGCUGCAUUACUCGAACUUGGAUAAAGUGGAGGAGGCCAUUGUGGAGAUGUUGGUUGGGUUGAGUUGCGUAUUUUGGUACCGAAAACAAAGCAACGAGCCACGUAGCCAAGGCGGAGAGCGUCCUUGUAGAAGAAAUCGGGUGCUCCAUACGCCCCCACUUCUUCAUUUCCAUGCAGAAGAUGAGAAGGAUUGUGAGAGAGGAAGAAACAUGCAGAAGUUGAAAGGGGAAGCUCUUGAGAGAGGAAGACCAAAGCAAGGUUCAAGAAGGGACCGUGUCUUGUUUCACUAG